AUGAACUUUGCGGAGGGAGAGGACGCUAAGAGGUACUGCAUUAAAACGAAACAUGUGGCCAUCAUCUGUGCAGUGGUGGUGGGGGUAGGAUUGAUAGUAGGACUUUCCGUGGGCUUGACCAGGUCCAGCAGCCCCACCGGGGACGCCGGGCAGGGCCCAGCUCCGGUCCCUUCCCAAGUCCCUUCCCAAGUCCCUUCCCAAGUUCCUUCCCAAGUCCCUUCCCAAGACCAGGGGGUCUGCCCUGCCAGCGAAGACGAAAGUGGAGACUGGAAAAACUUCAGGCUGCCGGACUUCAUCAACCCAGUGCACUAUGACUUGGAGGUGAAGCCCUUGCUGGAGGAGGACACGUACACAGGCAGUGUGACCAUCUCCAUCAACGUGAGCGCGCCCACCCGGUACCUGUGGCUGCACCUGCGGGAGACCAGGAUCACCCAGCUCCCCGAGCUGAAGAGGUCCUCCGGGGAGCAGGUGCAAGUCCGGCGGUGCUUCGAGUACAAAAAGCAGGAGUAUGUGGUGAUGGAGGCGGAAGAAGAGCUUGCACCCAGCAGUGGCGAGGGUGCCUACCUCCUGACCAUGAAGUUCGCCGGCUGGCUGAACGGCUCGCUCGUGGGAUUUUACAGAACGACGUACGAGGAGAAUGGACAAAUCAAGAGCAUAGCGGCCACUGAUCACGAACCAACAGAUGCCAGAAAAUCCUUCCCUUGUUUUGAUGAGCCCAACAAAAAAGCAACUUAUACAAUAUCCAUCAUCCACCCCAAAGAAUAUAAGGCAGUUUCAAAUAUGCCAGUGGAGAAAGAAGAGAUGAUGGACGAUAAGUGGAAUAGAACAACUUUCAGGAAGUCUGUCCCUAUGAGCACCUACCUGGUGUGCUUUGCUGUACAUCAAUUUGACCGUGUUGAGAGAAUAUCAAAUCGGGGAAUACCUCUCACUAUAUAUGUCCAGCCACAGCAAAAGCACACAGCUGAAUAUGCUGCAAACAUAACUAAAAUUGUGUUUGAUUAUUUUGAAGAAUACUUUGCUAUGGAUUAUGCUCUUCCUAAAUUAGAUGAAAUCGCUAUUCCAGACUUUGGCACCGGGGCCAUGGAGAACUGGGGACUCAUCACUUACAGAGAAACAAACUUGCUUUAUGACCCUGAGGAAUCAGCCUCAUCAAACCAGCAGAGGGUGGCCAGCGUGGUUGCCCACGAACUUGUGCAUCAGUGGUUUGGAAAUACUGUGACCAUGGAAUGGUGGGAAGACUUGUGGCUAAAUGAAGGAUUUGCUUCCUUCUUUGAGUUCCUGGGAGUAAACCAAGCAGAAAAAGAGUGGCAAAUGAGAAACCAGAUGUUACUUGAAGAUGUAUUACCCGUACAAGAGGAUGAUUCUUUGAUGUCUUCACACCCAAUUGUUGUCACCGUGACAAAUCCUGCUGAAAUAACAUCUGUUUUUGAUGGGAUAUCCUAUAGCAAGGGAUCGUCCAUUCUGAGGAUGCUUGAAGACUGGAUAACACCAGAGAAAUUUCAAAAGGGAUGUCAGACUUACUUGGAAAAAUACAAAUUCAAGAAUGCAAAAACUGAAGAUUUUUGGGGAGCACUUGAAGAGGCAAGUAAUCUACCAGUGAAAGAAGUAAUGGAUACGUGGACCAAACAGAUGGGUUAUCCUGUACUUAAUGUCAAAGAUAGGAGGAACAUCACACAGAAACGCUUUCUGUUGGAUUCAAGAGCUAAUCUUUCUGAGCCACAUUCACCUCUUGGGUAUGAAUGGAACAAUCAUCUAAAAUGGUUGAAAGAAAACAUUACAUCAAAAUGUUUAUUUACCACCACAGGAAUCACUUUGAACUCUUCUAAUCCUGCUGGAAAUGUUUUUCUCAAAAUAAACCCAGAUCACAUUGGGUUUUAUCGUGUAAAUUAUGAAGUAAAAACCUGGGAAAGGAUAGCUACCAGUCUUUCCAUCAGGCACAGGGACUUUUCUCCUGCUAACCGCGCAAGUCUUAUUGAUGAUGCUUUUGCCUUGGCAAGAGCUCAACUUCUAGAUUAUAACAUGGCUCUAAACUUGACCAAGUAUCUCAGACUGGAAGAAGAUUUUUUACCAUGGCAGAGAGUAAUUUCAGCCAUAACCUAUAUCAUUAGCAUGUUUGAAGACGAUAAAGAGCUAUACCCUGUGAUUGAGAAAUACUUCCAAAGUCAAGUGAAGCCCAUUGCAGAUUUUCUGGGAUGGAAUGAUGACGGAGACCACCUUACAAAGUUACUCCGUGCAUCCGUGUUAGGGCUUGCGUGCAAAAUGAAAGAUCAAGAAGCCUUGGACAAUGCUACCCAAUUAUUUCAGCAGUGGCUAAGUGGGACUGUAAGGCUUCCUACAAAUCUCAGGCUUCUGGUAUAUCGGUAUGGAAUGCAGAACUCCGGUAACGAGACUUCAUGGAACUACACUCUUGAUCAAUACCAGAAAACUUCAUUAGCUCAGGAAAAAGAAAAACUGUUGUAUGGAUUAGCAUCGGUGAACAAUGUUACUCUUUUGUCAAGAUAUUUAGAUUUGCUCAAGGACCCAAACCUAAUUAAAACCCAGGAUGUGUUUACAGUCAUCCGAUAUAUCUCAUACAACAGCUAUGGGAAGAAUAUGGCCUGGAAUUGGAUUCAGCUCAACUGGGAAUAUCUAGUCGACAGAUAUACACUCAAUGACAGAAACCUUGGCAGGAUUGUCACCAUAGCAGAACCUUUCAACACUGAAUUACAGCUCUGGCAGAUGGAGAGCUUUUUCAAAAAAUACCCAGAUGCUGGAGCAGGAGAAAAACCUAGGGUGCAAGUGCUGGAAACAGUGAAAAACAAUAUCGAGUGGUUAAGACAAAAUAGAAACACCAUAAGACAGUGGUUUUUGGAUUUACCUUAAGAAUGGUUGAUGUGCCCAAAUAUCAUAUUUUAAUUUUGUGAAUCUAUUGUUUCUCCUAUUAUAUCUUUGGUGGCCGAAUUUAUAAGCACGGUGGGGGGAAACUUAUACGCAGAUACUGCUUUUGCGAAGUAAUGUGUUUCUGUGUCUUGCAAAGCUUUUAAAUUGUUUAUGAAGGAAGAUACUAAUAGAGUAGUUAAUGCACUCAGGGAUUUCUUCUAAGUGUACUUCAUAGGAGAUUCUUUGCAAACUACAGAGAAUUUAAUAGCCAUUUUCAUGUCUCUAACUAUCAUUCUUUAUAUCUUAAAUCUGUGAAAAUAGAACAAUUUGGUCUUAGCUUUACAUUUUUAGUACCAAAGAAACACCCCUUAAUCUUCUUUCUUGAUUGAAUUUUAAAGCUUAAAUACCAGUACUUGAGGGACCAAAGUUACCAUCUUAAUAUUUAUUUUAUUAUUCAGAAUUACACAUAUCUAAUACCAUUGUAUUCACAUGUGUCUUACUCCUUUAAAUCCUACCAAAGUAACCCAGGUUUAAAUUUUACUCAAGGAUUGCAUGAAUUAACCAAAGAAAUGGCUAUUGCCUUCACUAUAAAAUCAACAAGAGAACUCUCUUCUCCUUUUUAAAAUAAAUCUGAAUGAUUAACCUGAAGAAAA